AUGUCCAUGCAAAUCCCAAAAGAUCAAAAUUUGAAUAUUGGCAGACGCAAGGCAAUGACAGAGCCCAGAAAACCGUUCCGAUUCCUUCUCGUCUUAUGUGCUGCAACACAGUUUGUGGGAUUUCUACUGGCAGUAAAGCUACUGUACAAUCAAACGGGAGAUGUCAGCAUUUUCAAAAAAUUUCAAGUUGCUACUGUAAGUUUAUUUGAACCUUGUUGGCUUCGAAAAAAAUCGGGAAUGAAAAAACUAGAUUUUCAGUUGAUGUUCAUGGUGAUUUUUCAAAUAAUCACGACAAUUAUCGCAUUUUUCGCCACGAUAAAUUUGUUCGAAAUGGCGUGGAAAGGGUCGUAUGGAACCGGAGAGGAUCGUACGACUAAAAUCAUGUGCUAUUUGGGUAUGUCACUCAUUUUUAAGUAAUUGUUGCAAGGUCACUCUGGGCUGUGAUUCAGUUCGCGAAAAUCUUAGCUCGUGUUCUGCACAGACAGUCGGGAUUUUCGACGAUCUUGUUUUCGCUUUUUUGCGCAUGGGAAGGCCUUAUUAUACAUGUAUACAUAAAAACAAUUUUAACGAAGGUCUCCCCAUCUUGAUUUUCUCAAAAUUUUCAAUCCAUAUUACACACAUUCUACACAUCAACCAUAUACAAUUUUAGCUCAUUCUUUGCAGAAACAGCCGAGAUAUUCAACAAUUUUUUUGUGGAUACAGGAAUUGAGGAGAGUCAGCCUGACAAAGAACUUUUUUAGUAUAAACAAUUUUUCACAUUUCGGAAAUCGAUCAUUUUGUCGGGAAAAUAAUGAGCACAAUGUCGCUAUGCCAAUCGCGUCGCUGAAGUGAAAAGCAAUUUGAGUUUUCCGAAACACUAAUCAUUUUCUCAGCUGUGAUUUUCUAUGAGACGUUGCGCUCGCUAUUUUCCCGACAUGCUGAUAGUAAAAAAUUUUGACCUAACGUUCUUGGUCAAGGUGAUAGAUAAGUAUUUUUCGAUCGCUCCGGCAAGGCUUGAGCUAAAAUUUCCGUUACUUUGUAAGCCUAGUGAAACCCAAAAUUUCAAGAAAAUCUGACGACUGAAUUUUGAGGGAUGGGCGUCUAUGUUUCGUUCAGGCCGCUCAGCAGGUCUCUGUUAUAGCCUUUGGACAUUUAGUAGCGAAAAUUUUUCAGAUUUCCUGCGGGAAUGGGUGCGCUGACCCGGCAACUUCAAGCAACCAUAUUCCCGCAACUUCUGCAACUAGCAAACAAUUUUUUCAGUGAAAAUGUUCACAAAACGUAGUAGUUUCAUGCCAUGGGUAGCUCUUUCCGAUAAACGUUCAAAGCCAAGAAAAAUUAAAGAAAGAAAAAUGUGCUUUUUUGAAUCACCCUGUCUUAAAGUGCUGAGAUUAGAAAAUUUUUAGAACCCUCUCAACCUCUCGUACUCAACUUUGAUUUCAGGCUUUAUUGCUUGUUGCAUUUUCCUGUCCGCUGGCGGGUAUCUUCGUUGGAGGCAUGCCGAGAACUUCCGUUAUCAUGGAGUCUUCUUCUGGUUGAUUGGGACGACCUGUUUUCUGUAUGCGAUCGUUUGGUUCCGAAGGUUUCGACUGGUAAGAUACUGUACUCUACACACGAUACCUUGCAUUUCUCACCAAUUUUCAGACAAAUCAAUUCGUUUCCGAUGCGCUUCACGCCAAUGGACUCAAUUGUAUUCCGUUGACCGAGCAGAACGCCCGAGAUUUAUAUCAAAUCCGGGAUUAUGAUAUGGAAGUCCAUACGUAUAUUCAUAGUUCAGCGUGGAUGGGCUAUAGACGACAUUAUUGUGCCGUCCGGCACUCGGAAUAUUACGCAAUUCAAAAAUGGAUCGCGCAGUUGGAACGUUUGGUUCAUUUGGAUGAUAAUAAGGAGUCUUUGAACUGUCUUAUUAGAGUAAGUUGGGACUUUAUCUUUGAUUCUUAUGGGCUAUCAGAAAAACAGAAAAAUAUUAGGGCCUAACUCAGCGUAAUUCUUAUGUUUUAGGCAUUAGUUUUUUUUCGAAAAUUCAAAUUUUUUUGGAAAUCUAGCACCUAGCAAAAAAUAUCAUACAGCAGCGGACCUGAUCCAGUGGCAAAAAAUUUACCAUUUUGCAUCCGGGAAGUAUCAAAAAUGUAGCAAAAUGCCUCCCCUUCCAAGUAAAAAACUCCGCUUUGAAGGGAGCGCUUUCGAAAGCAGAGUUUUUUACUUGGAACAUGGAGGUAUUUUGCUACAUUUUUGAUACUUUUCUGAUGUAAAAUAGCACGUUUUUUGCCACUGGAUCAGGGCCGGCACUCUAUUUUAAAAAUAAAACCCAUAGGAAUUUACUGGAUAUUCAUCACAAUCCUACCUCAAACUUUACUCUCCCUUUUGGCCUUCAAUUUUCCCGAUUUCAGAGUCAAAAACUGUUUUGCAGACCAAAAAUUACCUAAACUUAACAAAAAUUUUAUUUUUUUUUUUUUUUUAAGAAAAUAAAUUUCUCUCUCAAAAUUAUACUGGUCCUCUCUUACCACACCCUGGACGAAAAAAUCCAGUCAUUUCCUCUUGUUCUCCCGUUAUUAACGCUCCUUUUCCGCCUUUAAUAGCGCUAAAAUAAGGAAUACGCCAAGUUGCACCGUGCAGCCAACCCAAUUUCCGUCGCACAGUGCAAUCACCGAAAUUUCACCGCACCAUGCGAAAGGCACUCCAGCGACAAAAUUGUAUAGGGUAUUCUAGGCAUAUUUUCGAGACGAUUACGACUGUGCAAGAAGAGCGACUUCAAUUGCACAGUGCGCGCACCAAUUCCAGCCAAUCUUUGGGUUGCGCAGUGCAAAAAGAGCGACAAACGCCGAAUGCACGGUGCAGUUUGUGUGUCGCUUUUGCACUGUUUCUGUCGGCAAAAUUUGCCGGUUUUUUGCCGAAAUCGGGAAAAUGGGGGUCGCAAAAAUUUGCACGGUGCGGUCAAAAUUCGCUUUCCGCACUGAACCCAAUCCCAAGAGGGUUUCGCACGGUGCGGCGGACGGGAACUGUUCCAGCGACGUGCGUGCGUCCCGCCGCGAAAAUUUAGGGUGCAAAAAAAUCUUGGGAUACAAAACAAUGUUUAAUUUAGAUGUUAACAAAAAUAUUAUUCGUGGUUGACAAAAUUUUUAUAUUAUACAUGACAUCUUUUUAGGAGAUGAUAGACCGCUGUCAUCAAUUCAAAAUCCCCGAAGACACCGAAUUCCGCUACAAACAGCUCGCUCAGAUGCCACUAAUCUUUGUGCCAGUCGACGAAUGCUCUUGUAAUCAUGACGAUGAGGAUAAUGAGAGCUAG